CUCCAUCCUCCAACCACCCGCUCGCCUGUCCAACAAUCCUUCACCUCCUCCCCAUCUCCUCGUAUGCUUAUGCGGGCUGCGAGGGUUGGUGUCUUCCUCAGCUCUAGCACUGCUCACAGGCCGCCUUUUGGGUCGAUAUUCCCAGCAAAAAGGAUUGGCAUCCAUGCGCGCAGGCUCAUGACGAAGAUGGAGGGCGAUGAUGCGCCGGCCUCAAUCACCGCCGCGCCGCUCAGAGACCAGCUUGUGCAGUAUGACGGAAAGAUCCUGAAGACAGUGCAGGAGGGGAAGGCGUAUAUCCUCGUGCCUCCAAAUGCACGCACAUCCCUCGACCCUCAAGCCAAUGCGAAAGCAGACGACAGUGGCCAAGUACAAAACGUCUUCUACAACCCCAUCCAGCAGUUCAAUCGCGACCUGAGCGUCCUUGCUAUCAACGCCUUUGCCGAAGAUGCAUGCGAGAGAAAGAAGCUGGCGCAUGCAGCGCUACGAUCAAAAAAGGGGGAUAAAAGAGAGCGGAAGAGGAAGAGGGAAGAGUCGAAGCAGGAGGCACAGGCGGGGGAGCAAGAGACCGUGAAAGUGCGCAAGACUGCCGAUGAUUCAGCGACGAGUGAACAAAAUGGAGCAUCCGGGGUGGAGGCGCAUACAGAGCAUGUCCGCGCUGUGGCUCAACCUGAGGCAGCAGAGAUGCCAGACGAAAAGAAUCUGGAUGCCGGAGAGCAUACUGCGAAUGGCAAGAUAGAGCCCUCUGCCACAGGAACUGCCUCUAUCCCUAAAGCAUCCGACUGGAAACCGCGAUUCCGGAUUCUAGACGCCCUUUCGGCAACGGGACUGAGAGCUCUUCGAUACGCAAGCGAGGUCCCCUACGUGACCGCAGUGGUAGCCAACGAUCGGGAUGCAAACGCGGUCAAAAACAUCGACCUCAACGUCCAGCAUAACCGCCUCACUGAUCUCAUCACCACAACCACGGGCGAUGCUCUCCGCCACAUGUAUGGCGUUGCCUUCCCUCCCACCCACACCCAUGGCCCGCAACAUAUCAGCGGCAAAUACGACGUCAUCGACCUCGAUCCCUAUGGCACCGCGGCACCCUUCAUCGACGCUGCCCUUCAAGCACUGGAGGACGGUGGCAUGCUUUGUGUCACAUGCACGGAUUCCGGCGUGUUCGCCUCAUGCGGCUACUCGGAAAAGACCUUCUCACUGUACGGGGGCAUGCCGAUCAAGGGCUCCCACUCGCACGAAGGCGGGCUCAGGCUGAUUAUUCACUCCGUUGCUACCAGUGCCGCAAAGUACGGCAUCGCCAUUGAGCCGCUUCUCUCCUUGAGCAUCGACUAUUACGUUCGCAUCUUUAUUCGCAUUCGGAAGAGUGCGCAAGAAGUCAAGUUCCUCGCCGGCAAGACUAUGCUCGUCUACGGCUGCGACCAUGGGUGUGGUGCAUGGAGCACGCAGUUCAUCGGCCGACACACACAGCAACCUGGCAACGGCAAGCAGACGAACUGGAAAUAUUCGAUUGCCCAAGCACCGAGCGCGAACCAACUCUGCGAACACUGUGGGAGUAAGACGCAUCUUGCAGGCCCCAUGUGGGGAGGUCCUUUACAUAAUGCUGCCUUCAUCGAGAAGAUCCUCCACAGUCUGGACAGCGUGGAUGGCGAACUCUACCAGACAAAGGCUCGAGUGGAGGGCAUGCUCGAUACGGCGCUGGAUGAGCUCAGCGUCAGCUCUCCUCCCAUCGAGGCCCAGCCUCACACGGCGAGUACCAGAAGGGAGGACAGUCUGUUGAUCCCGCCCACUCCGCCGGAGACACGGGACCUGCAUCCCUUCUUCUUCAUCCCCUCUGCCCUCGUGAAAGUCAUCAAAGCCCAAGCUCCGGCCGAGAAUCUGCUCAAAGGCGCUCUGAGACAUGCAGGUUACCGGGCCACGAGGAGCCACUGCAAGCCCGGGAGCGUCAAGACUGACGCGCCGUGGACCGUGAUUUGGGAGGUACUGCGGGAGUGGGUUAGACAACGCGCUCCCGUCAAGGAGGGCUCGGUCAAGGAAGGAACACCGGGGUGGAAGAUUCUGCAGCAGAAGCGGGAGGAUGGAGAGGGUGAAAGUGGCGAGAUCGAAGGAAGCAAUUCGGAUCCACCAACAAAGCGCUUGAAGGUGGUAUUCGAUGAGAAUCUGGGAAAGGACAAGCCUGGCAAGCGAUUGAUUCGAUAUCAGAUGAACCCUCGCGAGAACUGGGGUCCGAUGAGCAAAGCAAAGGGACAUGCGUAGACACGCAGGAGAGCACU